CAGAUUUUUGACAUAAAAUUUUGAAUAAAAUUUGUAAAAAACUUAAAAUAAAUUUCAAAUUUGUGCUUAAGAGACAAACAAACAGGGUGCAGACAUGGAAUCUGAGAACGGAGAGAGUCAGGUUCAAAUCCACUUAAAUACGAAGCAACAACAUUAUGCAGUUCCCGAUGUUCCUUACUCUAUAGAGGCUAGUGUGACAACCAGCGAAUUAACUACUUUUGUAAAUACUCUCUUGGAACAAUCACUUUCUGGUGACCAUAAAACACCGAUAGAAUUUGAUUUUUUGGUACUUGGUAUUGAGUAUCUACGGGGGCGUUUGUGUGAUCAUUUAAGAGAGAAAUCCAUAUCCUUUGAAGAUGCGAUUGAAAUUGAAUACUUAGAAAGAUUUCCAGCUCCGGAACCCCAAGACUGUUUAUUGCAUGAUGACUGGGUAUCUGCUAUUGAAGCAAAUGGCAAAUGGAUUUUAACUGGAUGUUACGACAACACCAUCAACUUGUGGACUAAUAAAGGCGCACAUAUCUUGACUAUACCUGGUCACACAAUGCCAGUUAAAGCUGUAACUUGGGUUUCUUUAGAUGGUGAUAAAGGUAAAUUUAUAUCAUGUUCUCAAGAUCAAACUGUCAUGUUGUGGGACUGGUCCAUCGAAAAUAAUUCGGUGGAAUGCAUAUCCGUUUGCAAGGGCCACGAACGGGGUAUUGAUUGCGUCGGAGUAAGUCCGAAUCGUAAACGGUUUGCUACUGGCUCCUGGGAUACUAUGUUAAAAAUAUGGUCAACAGACUCCGGCGAGACAACUGCAGGCACAUCAAAACGUUCAAAAACGGAGGAUAAUUCCGUCAAGACACCACAAAUAACUUUGCAAGGACAUCGCGAAUGUAUUUCUGCCGUACAAUGGAUGGACGAUGAGACUUUAAUAACUAGCAGUUGGGACCAUACUAUGAAAGUUUGGGAUCUCAGUUUGGAAGGAAUUAAAACUGAAAUUUCCACCAACAAAUCUAUAUUUGAUGCUAGUUAUUCUCGUUUGUGCCGACUGAUUAUAACUGCGUCAGCAGAUAAAAACCUUAGACUAUACGAUCCGAGAAUAAAUCAAAGCUCCGCAACACUGCGCAACACUUACUUAGGUCAUCAACAAUGGAUUCAGACGGUUAUGUGGUCAACAACUGAAGAAUAUUUGUUCGUUUCUGGUUCCUAUGACCAUCAAAAUAAAUUAUGGGAUCUCCGAAGUCCGAAAGCUCCAUUAUAUGAUUUAAUUGGUCACGGUGAUAAAGUUUUAGACAUCGAUUGGUCGAAUCCUAAGUAUAUUGUGUCUGGCGGUGCCGAUAAUACUGUAAGGGUUUACAAAUCUCGAAAAGCCUUAAUUAAAGCUGAUCAUUCGGACACCAAUUGAAGGCAGUAGUAAAACUGAAAUUUUCAAAUUUGUUUUCUUAGAAAUUAAAAACCAAAAAAUAUUUUUGUAUAUAAAAAACGUAAAAAAAGAAAGCAAAAAUAGUUUUUAACUUGAUGAAAGCCAUUUAUGUCGCGAAACUGACGAACACGUCAUAGUUUAUUAUGAAAAAUUAUCAAUAAUUAUUUUUUUUAUUAUAUUCAAUUAUAUCACAAUUGUAACAUAAUGUGGGCCAAGCAAUUUUAUUUCACUUCUUCGACUUUACGCACCCGCAUGCCGAGCCCAGCCAUGCCGCAGCGAUCUGAACAAUUGGUAAUCAGGAGGCGACAUGUCUGACGCCAUGGUGAGUACGUUGGAUGUGGGAGAACUUCUCGUUCCUGCUGGAGCAGUGUAUCCUGGACAACUCUUGCAAUAACAGGCCAAAAAAUAGCAUUUUCAGUCAAUACGUGUUGCCGCAUUUACACUGCUGAAGCCGAAAACAACAAUUGGGAUAUGAUGGGGCAGCAUCACCAUAAGCCUGUGAGGGAUUUUACCGGCAAAUUUCUUCAAUUAAACAAAGUAAUGAAUUCUGACGAAGAAUUUAAAGCGCUCCAUGAUAAGCGUCCGUGUACGCUGAAUAAAUCAAUAAUAUUAAAUGGAAAAGUGUUAUUUUAUGUAGGGGACGGUCAAAACCAUCGAAUUCAACCGUUAUGUACAUUGGUAUGUCCUAUUUCUGUAUCAUUUUUACCAGCAAUAGUCGCUGAUCAAAAUUUUGCAAACAUUUAAUACGUAAUAUAUUUUGUUAAAAUUUUAAUGCAAAGAAAAAGUUUCAUUUUUUGCAAUGGAAAUUAAUGAAUGAAAUUAAUUCGGUCCAUUAUACGCUUCGCUUACUCCAGCUAUCUCAACACGUUGCAUUUUAGAAAACGCGAUGAUUUGAAAACUUAUCAGUUAAGGCUUGCCGAAUCUAAUUUGUACGCCUCUGUGGUCGCUGGCACGUGAUAUUCGCAAACAUUAACCGAGCUUGAAGUUAAAUAAAUGCAAUCCUAUUACUUCGCCAAAAGUUCCAGUCU